AUGGUAUCUGCUCUCACCGUCCUCUUCAUCGAGCUCCCUGCGCCCAGACCCUCCAUCUCCGCCAGCCCCAGCGGGGUGAUCGUCCCGGGGGCAGCCGUCACCAUCCGCUGUCAGUGUCGGUGCGAGGCCAGGAGGUUAUUUCUGUAUAAAGAUGGAAUCCAAAUCCAGGAGCUGGACGCUGCUGGGGACGGGGGUGAAUUCACCAUCCCCAGCGCCAGACGGGAAGACGCAGGGUUCUACCACUGCAGAUCUCGCUCCAGAUUGGAGCCGGAGCCCCAUGAUUACCUGCGGAUUGUUGUAGCAGAGCUCAGCUACCCCAAACCCUCCAUCUCCCUGAGCCCCAGCAGGGGAGUCGCCCUGGGACGAAAUGUGACCAUCCGGUGUGAGUGUCGAUGCCAGAAAGCGACGUUCCUCAUGUAUAAACUUGGAAACCCGGACGUACUGCACUGGUUUGAGACUGCUGGGGACGUGGCUGAGUUUACCAUCCACAACGUGAGCCAGAGACACACAGGGAGCUACAGCUGCCAAUAUGGCACCAAAUUGGACCCCUCCGUCUGGUCGCAUCCCAGCGACCCCAUGGAGCUGAUGGUAGCAGGGGGAACUGACCCGACUCAGCCAGGAACGGCGCCGGCUCCGACCCACUCAGGCAGCGCGAGUCCAGGUACCGGGGCUCAAGGCAGGAAAUCACCAUCAGCCCCCCCAGAAACAGAUUACACCUGGGACAACAUUGUCCGUCUGGCCCUGGGCGCCGGGAUCCUGCUGGCCCUGGCGUUGAUCUUGGCCGAGGCUGCCCAUGGAUGGAGGCGGGGCAGACGCUAGGUGAGGUGACCCCCCCCACAUGAUUUCCCCCACUCCAGCCUGAUUGCCCCA